AUGAGCGACGGUCGUGGUGGCACACUGGAAGCAGAGCCGGAAACUCAGGAUCCCAAGGCGGCCGACGCGGGAUCGGACGAUGAGGAGGACGAGGAGGAUGCGGGAGGGGUGUCGGACGGACAACAGGAGGGUUCCAGUGGCGAGUCCAAGGAAGGAGGAGGGGAGACGGCGAACGGAACGGGGAAAAAGAAGAAGAAAAAGCAGAAAAAGCGCAAGAAGAAGGGCGCGGGUGGGGGAUCCAGUGACGGCUCCGCCUCCCCGAGCGCUUCUCCGCCCACCUCCCCUUCCGCCAACUCCGCGCCCGCCGCGCCGUUCCCCCCAUCGUCGUCCGCGGAUGCCCCCCUGUGCCAACCGGACCUGGAUGACAUGCUUCCGGUGGAGGUGGCGGAAAAGAGGUUUGCUGCUGCAUUAGAGUCGAUGCGCAGCAAGGCGGACCUGUGCAUGUGGGUGCAGCUGGCGCGGUGCCGUGUGGGCGACAAGAAGCUGCGCCGCCUCACAGACGCGCUCAUCCACUGCGAGACAGUCACCUCUGUCGACUUAUCAGAGAACCUUAUAUCGGAUGCAGGCCUGCGCCAGCUCGCCUGCGCGCUCUCCGCCCCCAGUGCCGCCCCGGAUUUGAUUUCCCUGAACGUGAAGCGCAAUCCGAUCUCGGCGUCUGGGCGGGCGUGUCUGGCGAAUCUGCAGGCUGUCAGGAAGCUCGUGAGGAUAGAGUACGAGGAGAGCCCGCCUCCAGCAGCACAGGAGAAGAAGGGCGCGCAGGGAGGAAAGGGGCAGGGCAUGGCGGACCCACGUGGCUUUGAAAGCGGGGAGCGGAUGGGGGGCGGGUUGGCCAGCAAGGCGAGCAACCCACAGAUCAGGAUCGACGCGGCCGUCCGGUUCAUCAGGGAAGCAUCCGAGAAGCUGCAGCAGAUGGCACCGGAGGGCAGCAGCAGCAGGAGCAUAGUGACGCGGGUGUUUGACUCGGGCAUGAUGGCGGAGGCACUGGAGGACGUGGUGGAGCUCGUCGAUGCUGACCUGCGCCGCAACCCCUCCAAGUCCUACCACAACUCGCCCAUCAGCAAGCUGCCACUGCCGCUGCGGCUGGUGGUGGAGAGUCUACCGACGUUCGCCUCCCUGCUGGAGCUGCCCAUACCUCCCCAGCAGUGCCAGCGCAAGCUGGCAGAGCCGGCAGCGGGGCGGCACCGCAUCCUGGCGGUGCUGUUGCUGCGCAAGGUGCUGGGGGCGUGUGGGCGCGUGGUGGAUGACAGGCUGGCGAGAGAGGACGUGGGGCGCAAGGUGGCCUCGCUGCUGUUUGACUUCCCGUGGAGCAAUGUUCUGCACCAUGGGGUCUGCUGCUUCCUCAUG